AUGGGGGACCAGAGGCUUCCAGAGAAUCAGUCUGGUCAGGUACCCAGAUACAAGCAUGUCUUGAAGCACAAAAAGGAGCAAAUGACAUUUCCUCCUUUCAUUGAGGGCCAUCACCGGCUGUUUGCUCAAGCAAAGCUCGAAGACUUUACUAGAGACUAUGAGUCACGUGAGAUACUGUCAGGAACAAUCCAGGGUACCUUUCUCCCCAGAAUUUCUGAUGAAGGACCCAAUAAUGCCACCAAUAAGAACCAGAGUAAGCUGCCCCAGGAUUUGGGACUGAUUUAUUCAAUGUCAGUGGAUCAGCAAGGAAGUAGAAGGAACCAACACAAGCUGGAUCAUUUGUCUCAGAUGGAAGAUGAUGUUGAAGACCACUUCAUAAAUUUGCUGCAGAUUCCAAAACAUGACUGGAAUCUGAAUAAGUCACCUCACUUAGAAAAUCAAUGGAACUCAAAUAAGAACAGCAAACAUGGGAAAUACCUUCACAGAAAUUUCAACCAGGAAACUCCUGAGAAAUUCCAGUCAUGUCAAAGAAAUUUUCUUCCUGGUAAUACAUCCACAAAUCAAAAUUUGCUUGACUCUCUUAAUUAUAGAUACACACAAAGAGAAGGUGAUGAUAUCUAUGAAUUGGAUGACACACUGGAAAACUUGGAUGUGGUGCAACAAUUUACCAUGGACAAUAUUUAUCAGCCAACAUGUGAGGAAUCCUCAGACAAGAAUAUGUGUCCUCUUCCUUCCAAGCUCAAGUACUUCAGAGGGUUAAGCAAAGAAAAAAUCAUCAGAUUCUCCAAAGAGGCAAAAAUAUUUGAGAUGAAACUCCAAAAAUCACAUGAUUGUUGUACAUCCACCAAGGAGAAGUUAAAAGAUGGGUUAUCAUGUCAGAAACCCAAGCAGUUAAAAGCACUACCUAGUAAAGAGCCUAUAAAUGACCAUAAGGGCUUCCUUGAGGUUCAAGGUAGAAGCUUUUGCAAACCAGAUGUACUUGAAAAUCUCUAUGGGACAAUUGCCUUUAAGGAUUUCAUUGUACACAAGGGCUAUGGUAUGCCAAUUAUACUAAAGAAAUUUUUUAUGAAGAAAGGAUGGAAUUACAACUCUGUUAAUACUCCUAUACCAAGCAUAUUAAAAAAUUAUGAACUGAUGAUGCAAAAACAGGAUGAUGAAGAUGAAGAAGAGUGGGAAGGAAAUUGA